CGAGCCGAGCGCUGUCUCCCCCUUGCUGCCUUUCCAUCCUGUCACGCAGAUGCGCCACCCUCCCUCUCUCCUUUUCAAUUCCACCCCAUCCGCCGCGAUCCCCUCCUCACUCCUCUUCCUCUUCCUCUUCCUCUUCUUCCCACUCCUCUUCCUCUCCACUUCCUGAUGCCCCCUCCACUCCUAUGUCCGUCCUCGCGACCCUCCCUGGUUUCUUGAUCCAUCCCAGGCCCACGAAACCGAGAUUUGAGGAGGACUCCUCACUUUCUGGGCGACAAAUCUUUUGACUUGUCAAGUAAGGCCGGCGUUUGGGUGAGGAGAUGUCCGGCGUGCAGGAGCAGUUCGAGAUCAAGUUCCGGCUGCCGGACGGCACCGACAUCGGCCCCAAGAAGUACCCCGCGGCGUCCUCCGUCGCCACGCUCAAGGAGUCCAUCAUUGCCCAGUGGCCCAAAGAUAAGGAAAAGGGCCCAAGGACAGUAAAUGACAUCAAGCUUAUUAAUGCUGGGAAGAUAUUGGAGAACAACAAAACCCUUUCAGAAUGCAAAAGCCCAAUUUGUGACUUCUCUGGAAUGACAACUAUGCAUGUUGUAGUUCAUGCUCCGACUUCAGACAAACAGUCCAAUAAAAUAGCUGCCAAGAAGCCAAAGGAUUUCAGGUGUGGUUGUUCCAUCAUGUGACAGCUUUUUGAAUAGUAGCAGUACAAUGAGGAUGUCAGCUAUUGAACUCCUCCCCUUUUUGGCUCUUGCUAGAGUGGUGUAUCAUGCGUGAGGCGCUUUCUCCUUCCAUUUUAUUUCACCGUAUCGUGGGCAGCUGAUUGCCCAAAAUCUGAGUUGCAUCCAAAAUCUGAGUUGCAUCAAGUACAUGACUUGAAGUUGUUAGUCUAAAAUGCUAAAGUUUCAUGUCAUCCAACUCGCAAAAAUGUGCUAUGAUUGGAGGUCCAAGAACUAGUAAUUUGCUAGAUGACAUUGAAGUAAUUAUUUUAUUAUUUUUGUUCCAAUUAAAGAGAGGAAUCGCAUUGAAAUAAUAAAUUUCCUCCUGCGUGCCACAACAUAUUACUUGGUCUGGUUUGGUUGAACUAGACCACACCUAUCAAGUACAUUUUGUAGCUUUUCUAAAAUUUCCAAAUUUAUAAGAAAUUCUAGUUUUUCAGAAUUCUCCACAAUU